AUGCUUUGCCAGGUCUUGACCAAGCUCAUUUGCUACAAAGGCCAGCUGAACCUGCAUCAUACCUGCCUUUGGAAGUUGGCCUUAGAGGCACUCUUCUACAUCGUAGAGGAUAGUCUCACCUGCCUGGAGCAGUGUGAGGUUGACGAUAGAUAUUGGGACGCUUUGGCCAGCUCUUUGUCAAAGGUGGCUGAUGUGCUCAGACUGACAGCGGAUGACGAUGCUGGCCUUUUGUCGCAGGUUUUUUCCAACUUGUUGAUGCAAAGGCUCUUGGUGUGCACCAAGACGCCUAUUGCCAUGGCGGAGCGAGCGGUAGGCUUGCUCCAGGUGUUGGUUCGUGACGGGAUGGGAUCGCCCAGCCUGAGGCAUUUUUUCGCACUUUGUGAGACUGAGGCGGCUCAGGCGCCUGAGCCGAGUGAGGAUAGCGAAGAUGCCAAGCUGAGUGUGGCCUCGGCUGCGGCCAAAGGACUUCAAGCUCCAGUCGCUCGAAUUCCCACACGGAAAGCCCUGUUGAGUACCGCGGCGCCUGCAUUGGUGAAUUACGUUCGAAACCUCUUCACGCGUUACUUGCAAGAGGAGGAGGCGCGGCAACGAGGAGGUUCGGCCUCUUCAGCUCUCCAUCAAGCGCAAGAGGUACGACUCGCCUUGAACCACCUGAUCAGGCUCGAGGUCGAUGAGGCUGUGGUGGCUCUUGCUGCCCCAAACUCGGAGAAGGCGCAGAUGGCCUGCCAACUUGCUGGGAAGAAAGGCUUGGUGAUGGCUCUGCUGCCGCAGCUGUCGGCACUAGCGCCCUCUGGAGAUCCAGAGGUACGAAAGUUGGUGCGAGAAGUAUUGCAGGAACUCGCGGCCCAUCUCCAACUUACAUAG